UAUAUGUGCAGUUUCAGGAUUUGUGGUUGGAUUUAAAUCCACCAAUUAUUGAAACUGCACCUUCUGAAGAAGCACCACAAAAUAAUUUAGCUGCUAAGCUGGCCAAGCGACGUUCAACCUGGUCAACUAAAAGUCACAGCAGCGCAGCGAAAGAAAAUAAUUUGGAGGAGAAUUAAAACUAUAUACUGGACUAUAUACUACCACAGAUAUUUUAUUUUUAAUUAAUAAUUUUUAUAUUUAUAUAACCUAACCUAACCAUUAAAGUUACAGCCACUCAGCUACAGGCCUGCAUGCACACGUGGAUUUAAAAAGGUAACAAGUAAAAACAAAACAAAAAAAUAAAUAAAAUUUAAUAAGAUUAUUAUGCAUAUAUAUAUAUAAGAAAUUUAAAAAACAAAAAAAAAAAAUUAAUGGUAGUCAAGUAAAAAAUGAGAAGUCAAUUUCUAUAGUUUUAUAGUUUUGUUCAAUGGAAAAUUAUAUAUAAUCAAAUUAAUUAUUUAAACACUAUUUAACCUUUCAAUAAAUUAAGAAUACAUAUAUUAGGAUAAGACUGCUCUCAAGAAAUUAAAAAUGAAGUAUUUGUUAAUAAUUAGAAAAGAGAUAAGAUAUUGAAAUGAUUAUUUUUAUGUACAUAUUUAUUGCUAUUAAGAACAAGAAUUAUAUUUGAAUGUUAACAUGGAGAAACUGAACUAAUUUAAUAUAAUGGGGUACUAAAAGAAAAACAAACACACAUCAAAUCACUUAAGGAUUAACACACCAAAUUCAAAGCAUUGCAAAGUGUUAACAAGGUUGGGCGGGUAAUAUAGAGCACUUACACCAAGCUCAUAAAAAAAAAAAAUAAAACAAUACGCAUAAACAUAACUAAAAUUGUAACAUCUGGCUAGGUUAGCACAUUCUCUUGUAAUUUCGUUAGCUAUUUUUGAUAAAAGAUCCCUCCCCAAUCCGACGAAGUCCUAGCCGAAAACGUCCCAGUGCUAACCGCUCUUAAAUCAAAUAUAGUUAAAAGGCAACUCCUGUUGCCACGAGAAUCAUUACAAAAGUGGCGCCCAACGUGGGGCAAAGAACAAACAAAGGCAUUAAAAUUAAUAAAGAAAAUUUUGGAAUUUAACACCAACAUCCGUUAAGCCUUAUUCGUUCUAAGCUAUGUCUAAGCAAUUAAAAUCAUUGUUGGAGAAACCUCUGGAAUACAGCUGAUGUAGUGGUACAAUACUGUACAUAGCCGUCCGAAGUAUGCGAAAACAAUUGUUUUAUGAGCUAAAAUAAGAAUUUUGUGAUAGGGAUGUAACAUUGCCUGUGGAUUUCUUUAAGGUUAUUAUGCUAGUUAUUAACUUUACUGCCCAGAACAAUUUUCCUUUUGCAUUGACGUACCGUCCUUAUUAAAGACAAAAUAUUUAAAUAAUUGUGGGAAAAGUUAAAGUUUUGCGUAUUUAAAAAAAAAAUGAUGUGUUUUGUUUUUUUAUUAGUACCCCUGAAAGAAAGAAACUUUUGAGAAUUCGUCAUUGUGAGUGAAAUAAAUUAGAGCAAAAUGUCAGUGAGACACAGUUUAGAUCGGCCAAGUAUGCCAAACAAUGAAAGUAGUUGUGAAAUAUGUUCUCAGCCAAUGACGCAAUUAGAUAUGAGAUUAAUUACUAGAUGUAUGCAUACUUUUCACAGAUUGUGUAUAUUGAAUUGGCUUGAUAGUUCUCGUAUAUGCCCGGUUUGUAACCAUAACGUAACAAGAAAUAGUCUUAUGGAAGUCGUUCCAAGAGAAGGUUUAAAGCAAAAUAGGGAAACCGAUUCCAACGGAAGAUUGUUAUUAUCGAGCGGACAAAAGAAGAAAAAGAAAAGAGUACCCGAGUCAGAGGUAACAGCCGCUAAUAACGACCAAGUUACACCUAGAGACGAAAAUAUAGAAAAUUCUUAUAAUUCUGAGGAUAAUAGGCAUUCGAAUUCAGUAGAGCAAAGAAUAGUAAAUCAGAUAGAACGUCUAGUUAAUUCACAACUUGACCAAAUGAAUUUAACUAUUGAAGGGCUUUCACGACAAAUUUCUAGAAUGACAACAGAUCAGAUCAAUCGAAGAUCAAUUGAAACUGCAGUUAAUAUUGAACCAGAGUGGGGUAGAAGUAUAACUCCUGUAGGAUUAAAUGGAGAAGCUCCUCCUUUCGUUCCAAGUGUUUCUCAAGGCCAAAAUAAUCAAGAAAGAAUGAGCAGAAGUAAUAGCAUCAGUGCAGAUAUUGGAAAAAUAGUAAAUGUUAUAAGUGGUUGGAAAUUACAGUAUAAUGGUUCUAGAAAUGGUAUGCCUGUUGGAAAAUUUAUUUAUAUGGUGACUGCCUUGACAAAUGAUUGUUUGGACGGUAAAUUUGAAAUUUUGUGCGAUCAUAUCCACAUACUUUUUAGUGGGAGAGCGAGUGAAUGGUUCUGGAGGUAUAGGCGUACGGUUGACAAAGUAGUAUGGAAAAGUCUCUGCAGCUCUCUUAGUUCUUAUUUUCACGAUCCAUUGUCAGAUGACGACGUAAGAGAAUUAAUAAGGGAUAGAAAGCAACAACCCAAUGAGAGUUUUGAUGAAUUCCAUAAUGCAAUUAUGUUGUUGGUAGAUCGGUUACAAUAUCCAAUAAGCGAAAGUCAAUUAGUUUCAGUACUUAAACGUAACCUAAGACCUUUUUCUGGAAAUAAAUUCUUUAGGUAAAUUACGAAAUCUUGUAACACGAAGAGAAGCUUUUAGUGAGGAAUUUAACAAUAAUUAUAAUACAAAGAUUAAUCGAAAAGUAAAUGAAAUAUGUAUAGACGAUCGAAGUAUGAACGAUUAUUUAAUGGAAAAUGAAAUUUGUGAAAUAAAAGGAGAUAAAGCUGAUGAUAUGAAAAUACUGUGUUGGAAUUGUAGAAAAUAUGGACAUAAAUUCAUAGAUUGUCAAUUUGAAAGAAAAAUAUUUUGUAUGGGAUGUGGCACAGAAAAUGUGAAACGACCACAUUGCGAGUUAUGUCAGAAAAACAGAAGGUCGAAUGGAUAUGACAACACCAUCUAUCGUUCCAAUCCAAAAAACUGAUUAAUUUGGAUGACUUAACUCAUCCAUCGCCAAAAUAUGUUAAAAAUAUAAAUAUAGGACAGAAUGACGUUAAAGGAAAAUUAUAUCCUAUAAUACCAUAUCAUGUUCGAUUAAGAAAUUAUA